GUGUGUAUGUAUGCGUAUAUAUUUCAUAUAGAUAGACGAUAAAUAACAAUCAGUUAAAUUUCAUCUUUAAAAAUUCCCUAAAGAGAAAAUCGUCAAAAAGGAUAAGCGUCAGUGACAUUUAUUUUUAGACAGUUACUCAUUCGGUCAGUACAUACGAGAGGUCAGUGCACGUCACGUAGUUAGCAUUCGGAGUUAAAAAUUUGGUGAAAAUUUAUCUGAUUUUGUGCAUAAAAAAGAGGUCUUUCCUGAGACUCUCUCGCGGCAGAACAUUGGGGGGCAGUGCGCGGAGGUCUCAGGUUUAGUGAAAAUUCGUAAUCUACGUGAAACUUUACGUGAACAGUUGAAGAAGUGAUCGCGUAUACUAGGAAAGUAUUCGCGGUGUCCUAUGUAAUAUUCUGGUGUUGCAUUUGAAAACUAUUCUUUUUUUAAAGCAUUGCCGUCGUUUCGACGUCUGUAAAGAGCAGACGGACCGUACGACAGGUUAUGUCAGCUGGAUUGGCAGGUGCUGUCUCAAAUCAGCGGAUGAAAGGGCAAACCAACAAUCAAGUAAGCAAUGGUCCCAAAGAACAUCAACAACAGCAACAACAAUCAGAACAUGCUGCUGGAGAAGAUACUGGAUUUGAUUCGUGGAGAGGAAGUAACAAUACGCAACAUCAUUCGAGUUAUCCAAUUAGUACUGGUGAUCCUUACAAUCAAUACUAUGCGGGCACGUCAUUUCCUUACCAAGCGUUUGGUGCUGGGGAUGGUACCUGGUCAAAUGGAACAGAUCCAGUUGCAUUUCUUUCCGGAUAUGGAGGCCAAAUAAGUCAUGAUGCAUAUGGUAUGGAUGGAAUGUUCUCCGCGAGUGCUGGUGGUGGUUUUAGUACAUUUGGUCAACCUGCCUUCAAUUAUUUCCAUGGAAAUGGUGAUUUUAGUGCUUGGAGCACACCUAGAAAAACUCGCUAUGAAGAUUAUUAUCAAGCACCAAGGGGAAAUGAGAGUUAUCCAACACCAAGUAGCGCUGCUAUUAAGACUAUUGAACAAAGUGUACAAAGCUUAUCAAUUGGAAGUGGGGAGGUCCCGAGACAAGAUCAACAAACAACAUCUAAUCAGCAGAUAAAAUCAGAAGCAAAGGAGCCAAGAAAAGUUACUUGGGCAAGUGUUGCAAGUCAACCUGCUAAACCAGUUCCUCCACUUUCAUCGUCGCAAGGAAUGAAAAAGAAAGCUGGAAUGCCACCACCGCCUAUUGUACCAGGAAAACACAAUAUGGAUAUAGGAACAUGGGGCGAAGGAAAAUCAUCUGCUCCUCCUCCUCCAACCGCACCGCCGCCGCCGCAAGUGCAACCACCAGUUCCGCCACCUCCACCACCCGUUCAAAGACAGAGACCACCUCCUCCACCAUGCUGGAACAGGCAACCAACAACUCCUCCGCCACUUCCCCAAUCACAGAUCCAUAUGCCAACCCAAUCACAACACCCGCAACAUUCGCAGCAUCAACAUCAACAACAUCAGCAACACCAGCAGCACCAGCAGCAUCAACAUCAGCAGCAUCAAACCCAACAACAACAGCAGCAGCAGCAGCAACAACAACAGCAGCAGCAGCAGCAGCAACAGCAGCAGCAGCAGCAGCAGCAGCAACAGCAGUCGCAGCAACCACAACAGUCGCAGCAACAACAGCUUGUGCAAACACAAUCUCAUCCUGUUUUGGACGAACUCAAAGUGAAAAAUGAUUAUAAUCCGGUAGAAUUUGAUCAGACUGCACCUGGAGCUAGGUUUUUUGUAAUUAAAUCUUAUUCAGAAGAUGAUAUUCAUAGAUCCAUUAAAUAUGAAAUUUGGUGUAGUACGGAGCAUGGAAACAAAAGACUGGAUCAGGCAUAUAGAGAAGCUAGCCGCGAAGGUGCACCUUUGUAUCUUUUCUUUUCUGUUAAUGGAUCUGGCCACUUCUGUGGAAUGGCUCAAAUGGUUUCUCCUGUUGAUUAUCAAAGUAACAGCUCUGUUUGGUCUCAAGACAAAUGGAAGGGACAAUUUAGAGUUCGUUGGAUUUAUGUCAAAGAUGUCCCAAAUGGGGAAUUACGACAUAUUAAAUUAGAGAAUAAUGAGUAUAAACCAGUAACCAAUUCGAGGGAUGCUCAAGAAGUUCCUCAUGCGAAAGGUGUAACAGUUCUGCGUAUACUGCAUACUUAUCGUCAUUCUACUAGUAUUUUUGACGAUUUUGGACAUUACGAAAGAAGACAAGCAGAAGAAGAUCAACGCAAGGCACCUUUGAAUUCUAUGCAACAUCAUCACCCUUCUUCCAACCACAGAAAUAGAGGACAUCCAGGAGAUUUGUCGCGAGAUCAUCAUCAACACUCUCAACAUCAUCUUCAUCAACAUCAACGUAAGGAUCGAGAUGGUGGCCGUGGUAGAGGCAGAGGAGGUUCUCGUCAGUAGCAAUGAAUACAGCUGAAAGCUAUUAUUAUUGGCAAGAUAAAUCAAUGGAAAGAAAGAACGCUGCGGCUAAUUAUCAUCUUACUCCAUACGUUCGCUUUUCAGGAUUUGAAAUGGGCCUUGUCUUUCCAUCAUGGAACACUCCAACUUGAGGCCACUUUCUUUUAUUAAAUGAUUAAUGAUACAUAUGAUAAUUAGCGUCGCGUUAGCGUAAUAAAUAUUAUGUAAUAAUAAAUAUUACGAAGAAGAACAUAAUUCAGUCUCAAAGGAUAUUGGGUAAACUUGAUGACGGUAAUAAAUAUCUAGUGUGGUGUUGCGUGUUAUUCGUCGAAAGGUGUUUCUUAAACGUACAAAUUAAUAAAAAUGAAAGGAAAAAAACACAGGAUAUGGAACAGAAGGAAAAAACUGUAAUACAUGGACUAAUUCUUGUAAAAUGCUUAAACUUUUGUUGAAAAUGUAAAAAAUCUACGCGAGAACAAUAUUAUAUCAAGUGUCAUUUAAAUUAAUCAAUGUUCUAAACGUCAGUGGACAUAUAAUCUGGUGCCUGCAACUGAGAGGGCUUUCCUUUCUUUGUUAAAGAGAUGCAGGAGCUUAUUCAAUGUUCUGUUUAUAAUCAUUAUGCUUGACCAUUGAAUGAUAGCUAUAGUUAUUAUCAACUGAUUGUUUUGAUUCAUCUAUUACUCUAUUAACCAUGGACUGCGAAAAUGGUUCGAGAUAUUAUACAAGAAAAAAUAAGGGGGUGACGAAGAAGUGGAGGAGAAGGAGGAGGUGAAGGAAGAGGUGGAAGAGGAGGAGGAAGGGGGUAACAAUAUUGUGCAGUUACUUUGUUGUAACUUAAAUGAUAAUAUUGAUGAUUAUUAUUUUACAAUGUGACAUGUAUUUCACGAAGCAAGAUUCUUAUUGUUAAAUAUGUUACUAUAAUUUCUCUUGUGGUAUAGUAUAAUCUCUACAAUGGAUAAAAAAAUAUAUCUUGCAAAUUAGAAUUA